UCGCGCUCAGUUCUCAGUUCUCAGCUCUCGGAUUCCCGGUUGAUUAGGACUCCCGCCGAAAGUGGAGGCAAAAGCUGAAGCGAAAAGAAAUAAAUGUACAACCAGCCUGGAUGCGGAUUAUAUAUUUUUGGGAUCAAGAUAAUGAUGAUCCGAUCGGGCUGAACGUGUAUAGCGCGUGUGUUUCGCUUUCUUACGCUUUUUCAACUGCGGCGAGGGCAGCAAAAGAAAUUCGAAAUCGAAAUCGUAUAUUGUGAGUCGGAAAUCGAGGGAAAUUUCUAAACCCCAAGAAGUUCCCCCCUUCGAAGUAACAGUGAAGUGUAUUGUAUUGUUUAACAAAAAAAAAAAUAAUUAAGAAGCGACGAGCAAAGCAAAGCGAAAGAGCUGAAUAAAAGAGGCGAAAAGCAGAAGCAAAAAGAAGCAGAAUUUACCAAUCCAGAUUCUGAUUUAUAGUAUAGCUGCGAUGGUGUGUUCGCAAGUCGUACUAAAACAUAAAGGCAUUUGCAAAAAAGCCUUCCUAAUAUAUGCUUAAAAAUCAAAUUAAAUUAUUAAACAUUUUUAAGCACAAGAAUACAGCUUUUCGGGGCGAGAUUUAUAAUAAUUUUCUAAUGACAACGGCCGUACUAAAAACAGGCAACAAAUUAUUUGCCCGCCGUCUCAGUUCCAUACAUCUUUUAAUUUAUUAUAAGCAGUGACAGUGUUUUUUCUUCAUUUUCUGCCUGCCCGGUUCGCUGGGAAAGAGACUGGGCGAGAAACAAAGGGAAAAAAACGAAAAUACAAAAAUCAAGAAAUACAAAAUACAAAUUAAACACGCGAAUGUUUCAAACGAAAGUCGAAGCGAGUUGAGUGAAUUAAUGAAAUAUAUAUACGCACAUAAAGUCUAUAUAUGCGCGUUUUUGUGAUAUAUUAAAUAACGCUCCAAUAAAAGCAAAUUUAUUUCAAUUGUUAAGUCGGCGGAAAACGGCCAGCAAAUAAAUAAGUUAACAAAUUGAGGGAUAGCCAAACACAAACUAUAAAUUUGGAUUAAUUGGGAAAACCCUCAAAGGCGGAUCAAUAUUACAUAAUUGAAAUGGCAUCAUCCCCAAACAAUGCGGCGCCGCCUGUUUUAUGGCGGGCGAGACGUAAAAUUGGCCUGCAUUUGCGGAGCAUCGAGGAGCCAGCGACGACGCCGCUCCAGUUCCAGGCGGCGGGCAGGAUGAACGCGGAGCAGGGGGGCACGGGGUACGGCGGCGGCUACGGUUCCAGCGAGCACUCGCUGCUCAUCGCCACACGCCACGCCGGUGUCCCCCUGCCCCCCGCCCACCAGCAGCCACUCCCCGCCCACUAUCAGCCGCUGAGCCACUCCGGCGCAGCCCCACCCUCCUCCUCCGCCGCCACCAUCUCCACAUCCAAUGGAUCCUCCUCCGCCGGCGGCGGCGCACUUCAGUCGUCCUCCUUCCCGCAGCAACAGCAGCAGCAGCAGUAUCCGGUGCCACCGCAGUACCAGUACCAGUAUCAGUACCAGUACCAGCACCACUAUCACCACCAGGCCACGUCGCCACAGCACCACAGGCCCUACGAUCCGGAGCACGCGCGGAUGGAGGCCUGGCUGGAUGAGAAUCAGGAAUUUGUACAGGAUUAUUUUAUAAGGAAAGCCACACGUCAGACGGUGGAUGCCUGGCUGGUCUCACAUGCCACCUCGGCAGGCAACGAUGUGGUCAGCAGCACCUCACCCACCCACGCCAACGGGCAGACGAGCUCCUCGAGGGGCGGAUCCGGAGCCACCACACCAGUGCGAAAAAUCUCCGCUCACGAAUUUGAGCGCGGUGGCCUGCUUAAGCCGAUUGUCAAUACCAUCGACGGCACGCCCACAUUUUUGAGCAUUGGUCCGCCGAUGGACAACGGGGGCGUGGGCGGCAGCUGCGGCAAUCUGCAGAAUGUCGGCGGCGUUGUGGCCGGACAGUAUCAGUAUCACAAUCAGCACAACCACCACAACCACCAGCAUCUGCACCACAGCCAGCACAGUCAUUAUCAGGCGGGCGGAGCCGUUGGCAGCAGCAGUUUGGGCAGUUCCAGUGGCGUCGGUGGAGCGGGAGGAGCACCCGGACUGGGGGGCAGCGGUGGAGCCGGGAACGGCCAUCAAUAUCAAUAUUAUCAAUGCCUCCAACGACCACAGCGGCUGUCACGCAACGAGCUGAAACAGCUUGACGAGAAGGAGUUGAUUUUCGAAUUGGUAAAGGACAUUUGCAACGAACUCGAGGUGCGCACUUUGUGCCACAAGAUACUCCAGAAUGUGUCCAUUUUGCUGAAUGCCGAUCGAGGAUCUCUGUUCCUGGUGCAAGGACGAUGCAACGGACCCGAUGGACUCAAAAAAUGCCUCGUCUCGAAAUUGUUCGACGUGUGCCCCCGGAGCACCGUGGAGGAGAUGGAGCAGCAGGACGAAGUGCGGGUGGCCUGGGGCACAGGAAUUGCCGGGCAUGUGGCCGAAAGUGGGGAGCCCGUCAACAUACCAGAUGCUUACCAGGAUGAGCGAUUCAAUUGUGAAAUUGACUCGUUGACCGGCUAUCGGACGAAGGCCUUGCUCUGCAUGCCCAUCAAGGAUUCAUCCGGGGAUGUGAUUGGCGUGGCGCAGGUCAUCAACAAAAUGAAUGGCGAGUGCUUCUCCGAAAUCGAUGAAAAGGUCUUUGCCUCGUAUCUGCAGUUCUGCGGCAUUGGACUGCGAAAUGCGCAGCUGUACGAGAAAUCUCAAUUGGAAAUCAAGCGGAAUCAAGUGCUCCUGGAUCUGGCCCGCAUGAUCUUCGAGGAGCAGAGCACCAUCGAGCACAUGGUCUUCCGCAUCCUCACCCACAUGCAGAGUCUCAUCCAGUGCCAGAGGGUCCAAAUCCUCCUGGUUCACGAGGCGGACAAGGGCAGCUUUUCGCGGGUCUUCGACUUCGAGGCGAAUGACCUGAGUGAGGAGGAGGCCACCUCCCGCACCAGUCCCUACGAGUCGCGGUUCCCCAUCAACAUCGGGAUCACCGGACAUGUGGCCACCACCGGGGAAACCGUGAAUGUGCCGAACGCCUACGAGGACGAUCGAUUCGAUGCCAGUGUAGACGAGAGCUCCUGCUUCAAGCACCGCUCUAUUCUGUGCAUGGCCAUCAAGAACUCCCUGGGACAGAUCAUUGGCGUUAUCCAGCUGAUCAACAAGUUUAAUGAGUUGGACUUUACCAAGAACGACGAGAACUUCGUGGAGGCGUUCGCCAUCUUCUGCGGCAUGGGCAUCCACAACACGCACAUGUACGAGAAGGCCAUCGUGGCGAUGGCCAAGCAGAGUGUCACCCUGGAGGUGCUCAGCUACCACGCAUCGGCCACCAUGGACGAGGCACAUCGUCUGCGGCGUCUUCGAGUACCUUCAGCUGUUCAUUUCCGACUGCACGACUUCAAGUUCGAUGACAUUCACUUUGAAGAUGAUGAUACAUUAAAGGCCUGCCUGCGCAUGUUUUUGGAUCUCGACUUUGUGGAACGUUUUCAUAUUGACUAUGAAGUUUUAUGCCGUUGGCUGUUGAGCGUCAAGAAAAACUAUCGCAAUGUUACCUAUCACAAUUGGCGACAUGCCUUCAAUGUGGCCCAAAUGAUGUUUGCCAUUCUAACUACCACGCAAUGGUGGAAGAUCUUUGGUGAAAUCGAAUGCUUGGCGCUUAUUAUUGGCUGUCUUUGUCAUGAUCUCGAUCAUCGAGGGACUAAUAACUCCUUCCAGAUUAAAGCCUCUUCGCCUUUGGCGCAGCUUUAUUCAACCUCCACCAUGGAGCAUCAUCACUUCGAUCAGUGUCUGAUGAUCUUGAAUAGUCCUGGAAAUCAAAUCCUUGCUAAUCUGUCCUCCGAUGACUAUUGUCGAGUAAUCAGAGUGUUGGAAGAUGCCAUUUUGUCCACUGAUUUGGCAGUGUAUUUCAAGAAACGAGGUCCUUUCUUGGAAAGUGUGGAACAGCCGGUGAGCCAUUGGGUGGCCGAGGAGCCGCGCGCCUUGUUGCGUGCCAUGAGCAUGACUGUCUGUGAUUUGUCGGCCAUCACGAAGCCGUGGGAGAUCGAGAAGCGUGUGGCCGAUUUGGUUAGCUCGGAGUUCUUCGAGCAGGGCGACAUGGAGAAGCAGGAGCUCAACAUAACUCCUAUUGACAUCAUGAAUCGCGAGAAAGAGGAUGAGCUGCCCAUGAUGCAAGUGAACUUUAUUGACUCCAUUUGCUUGCCCAUCUAUGAGGCCUUUGCCACCCUCUCCGACAAGCUGGAGCCUCUUGUCGAGGGCGUGCGCGAUAAUCGCGGCCAUUGGAUCGAUCUGGCCGAUGUGGUAAAAACCAAAACUAGUCAGGAUCAGGAGCCCGAAGAGGAGCAGCAGAAAAAUGUGAUAUCGAACGGUGACUGCAAGGCGAUGAGUGAUGAUGAUGUUACUGUGCCGGAAGCGGAAGUGGAAGUGCCAGCGGAGCAAGCAAGCGUAAAUGGCCCCAACGAUGCCAGCAACAGCAGCAUCACUAAUAAGAACAUUGCCGUCGCUUCUCAUCCUACCAGCACCCAGCCCAGUGAUGAUGAUGAUGAUGCGAAUGUGGAGGAGCAGUCUGCCGAGGCGAAUGGUCACGAUGCCGAAGUGGAGGAGGCCUCCUGCAGCUCCAGCUCCAGUUCCAGCUCAUCGACCGCCUCCAGUCGCCUGUCCACGCCCCCGCCCACCGGCGAGGAUGACAGCACACCAGUAUCGCCCUCGAAAACAGGCCUGCAGGCCAAACUGGUGGCGGCCAAUUUGAGUGCAUUGCAAAGGCCGACCUCCAACCAGGUGGUGGCGAAUCAGAAGCAGCGCUGCAAGAGCUGCGACCAUUCCCGCAGCGGGCUGCAGGUGAGGAAGACCAGUUCCCUGCGUGGCGCCCAGGAACUGGAGAUGGAUAGUAAGGCUAAGAAUGGAACAAAAGCUGCUCUCUGCAAAAGCACGCCCGUGAUCAACAACCACAGCCAUCAUCAUAGUCACAAUCAGAAUCACAGCCACAACCACCACCACCAUCAUCAUCAUCAUCACUCGCAUCACAAUCACGGCCAGCAUGGGAUCGGGAUUGGCAGUGCCAGCAUCGGCGGCAGUGGGUUAAUCAGCCUGGCCACACCUUUGCUGGCGGCGGACAGUGAUAGGAUACCAAAAAUCGUGGGAAAAAUUGGAAAUCUCGAUGGUCUGCCUCUGGCUCUGCCCUUUGCCAAUGGCAUUGGAGGACCAGGCCCACAAAAUGGUCACGGCUUGCCCUUUGGCAGCUACCAUCAUCAUCAUCACCAUCAUCAUCUCCUGGCGCGUCGUCAUUCGGAGACAAACAGCAAUGGGGCCACCGCUGUGGCGGCUGAUAAAUAAAUACAUCCCAAUCUGGUGUGUUCCGAGAAAGUCAGAAACAGAUAAAGGAUUUUGAAUUUAAACUGAAAACUUUAAAACCAUAUUUACAAAGUUUAAAAGUAUGCAAGAACUUAUUUUAGGCGCUUACUUUUAGAGGCACUUGUAUUGGUUUUUAAUAUCUUAAAGUGUUUUCUGGAUCUGAAUCACACUAGCAUAUCUUCAAUAUGUACAUAGUUCUAUCCAUAUCACCCAAAUCGCAACACACAACCAAUCACUCUCAUCUUGUAUAUAACAUCCACUUUGAGCAACAGUAUCGCAGUGCAGUAGGAAAGGAUAGUGAGGAAAAAAACACAUACCAUAAGCAAAUUGUGGCACAGCAAUUUGAUAGCCUACAACUAAAACUAAAUAGAAAGAUUCCUAUAAACGUAUGUAAAUCGUAUAUAUACUUAUGUAUGUGUAUAUUUUGAUCUGUGUGUGUUUGUAACUUAAAUUUUAGUUCGUACCAUCAGCGUUAGUUAAUGAUAAAGCAAAGAAGUCAAAUUCUCUAGAUGUUUAAGCACCAACCAACAAAACAAAACAAAAGAAAAAUUGUACCAAAAAAAAAAUGGCAGAGUAGUGGAUUCUCUAAUUGUCGUUUGCUUGCAAGUAACGCUCAUCUUCUAUGGAACACAGCAAGGAUAAAAGUAUUGUAAUGUCCCGAAACACAUACAUAUACGAGUACGAUAACACUGUAUAACUGUAAACGUUAGUUGAAUUAUCUCUAUGGGUACCAAAAGUCAAACUUUAGUAGCAUUAACCAACCGCUUAGUGAUGAUGUUAGCUGUCGAGUAACAAAAAAAAACCGAACCGAUCGCGAACCUAGACUAUAAUAACCACCCUUAAUACAACCGAAACCCGAAAACCGAAACCAGAAAACAAAACAAACACUAAGCGCUUUGAUUUUCCCUAAUCUCUGCGCUCUUUUCGAAUUUAAAUAAUUGUAAUAUGGGAUAAUAAGAAAUGUAUUUGUAUCUACAUAUAUGUACUCGAUGGCCUCAAUGGGCUGGCCUAAUAUGCAAAACCCAGACCAUCUUGGCAGCAUCUGUCCCAGGGUCAUCAGCACGUAAAACGUUCUUUUGACCCUGGGACCAACUGCUCGUACAUAUUCUGCAGUUGCGUCUAUAUAAAUCCAUAUAAUCCUUUUUUAGAUUAAAUUGUACUUUGUGAGUUUUGUUAUUUAUUAUCGGCAUUAUAGAGAAACCUAUCGAAAAUACACAAAAUAUUUGCUGUAACGGACCAUGUUCAAUAAGGCAAAACUAAAUAAAGCAACAUAAUAUCUA